AUUUCCUUUUCUUUCGAAACAUCCAAGAUGGUGAAUGUACCGAAGCAGAGGCGCACUUUUUGUAAAAAGUGCAAAGUGCACAAACCACACAAAGUAACACAGUAUAAGAAAAGUAAAGAACGUCAUGCAUCACAAGGUAGAAGACGUUAUGAUCGUAAGCAGCAAGGUUUUGGUGGACAAAGUAAACCUAUAUUUAGGAAAAAGGCAAAGACAACUAAAAAGAUUGUUUUAAGAAUGGAAUGCACAGAAUGCAAAUAUAGAAAACAAAUUCCUCUUAAAAGGUGUAAACAUUUUGAAUUAGGAGGUGACAAGAAAAGAAAGGGACAAAUGAUUCAGUUCUAG